AUGGCUAAAGCAAUUCUCACCCUUCUCUUCCUUCUCUCGUCCUACUUCUCAGCAGGGAGUCUGACAUUAGUGGAUGGACAGAAGACUUGGUGUGUGGCUAGACCUUCAUCAGAUGAGAUGGCACUUGAGCAAAACAUAGUUUUUGCAUGUAAAUAUGUGAAUUGCAAUAUAUUUAACGAGGGUGGUCCUUGUUUUUCACCAGAUAAUUCGAUGAAUCAUGCUUCUAUUGCCAUGAAUUUGUACUAUCAAUCUAAAGGAAGAGAUUUCUGGAAUUGUAACUUUGGUAAUUCUGGCCUUGUUGUCUUGACUGAUCCAAGUUAUGGUGGCUGCAUCUAUGGGUGA